CUACCAAGUCUGUCUCCUGAGGAGCCUCUGGGUGGGUUUGAACCACCAGCCUUUUGGCUAGUAGUCAAGUGCUUAACUGUUUGUGCCACGCAGGGACUCCUAGAACUCUACUAGUGAACAAAGUGUAGAAAGUCCCUGUUCUCGUGGAACUUAUAUUUUAAUUGAGGAAAAUACAGAAUAACAAAUAACAUUAUACACUGUGUCAGGCAGAAAAGCUGCUGCUUUUAGACAUAUCUUACUAAGUAACAAACUACCCCCCAAAAUUUACAGGCUUAAAACAACUAUUUUAUUGUUUCUCACAAUUCUUUGAAGAGUUCAUCUGGAUGGUUGUCUUUGGUCUUGCUUGAGGUCUCUCACUGGCAUCUGGGCCUGGCACACCCAAUACGGCUCUCUCAAAGCUGUUGGUUGGUCCUGGUUGUUUGGUUGCUCAUCUGGGGCCUCAGUUUUUUCCGCUUGUCCUCUCCCUGUGACUUAGGCUUCUCACAGCAUGGUGGCUGGGUCCCAGGAGGGAGUGUCCCAAGUGUGUGGGAGCAGAAGCUGCAGAUUUUUUUAAGGCUCAGCCUCAGAAAUUAUACAGCAUCACUUGCACCACAUUUUAUUGGUCAAAAGAGGUCAUAGGAGGGGAAAUGCGUUCCACUUUUGAUAAGUGGUGGCAAGAUCACAUUGCAUAUGGGAUAGGGGAUAUUGUUGCGGCUGUCUGUGGAAACAGAAUUUACCACAGGGCUAUAAAAAAAUUAAGCUGGUUAAUAGGAGGAUAGGGGAACUACUGGGGCAAAAAGUAUGUUAUUAUAUAGGUGGUCCGAGAAGGCCUCUCCGAUGAGGCAACAUUUUAGAUACUUGAUGGAAAUGAGUGAGCUGUGAAAACCAUAAGGACAUCGUAAGGAAGACUGUUCCAGGCAGACGGAACAGGAAAUGAAGAAGCCCUGAGAUGAGAGGAUGCCUGGUGUGAUCAAGGAAUAGCAAGGAAGAUGGGUGUGACGUUGAGUGCUUCAGAUCUGGUCACUAUGGUACGCGAACGAAAAUGCAUAUUGUGCCACAUUGUGUACAGCUCAAAAAAGGAGAUGGACGAACACAUGCGGAGCAUGUUGCAUCACAGGGAACUUGAGAACCUGAAGGGCAGGGACAGUAGUCAUGAGUGCCGAGUGUGCGGGGUCACAGAAGUGGGCCUCUCUGCGUAUGCAAAGCACAUUUCUGGCCAGUUGCACAAAGAUAAUGUGGACGCCCAGGAACGAGAAGAUGAUGGGGAAGGAGAAGAGGAGGAAGAAGAUUAUUUUGACAAGGAGCUCGUUCAGUUAAUAAAACAAAGAAAAGAACAAAGUCGACAAGAUGAAGCUUCCAGUAGCAGCCAAGAAAUCAACCCUGAUGACAGGCGACCCCAAUGGAGACGAGAAGACCGGUUUCCUUACCAAGACAGGGAGGGUUACAGCCAGCCAGCAUGGCACCAUCGAGCACCUCCUCAGCGAGACUGGAAAUGGGAGAAAGAUGGCUUUAGUAAUACUAGGAAAAACAGCUUUCCACAUCCUUCAAGGAACAGUGGUGGACAAAGAGGAUGUUCUGGGUGGCAUAAGGGUGUUGGAGGAGGCUCCUCAGCUUGGUUUCACAACCACAGUAAUUCUGGAGGUGGUUGGCAUUCAAAUAGCGGAACAGUAGACUGGAAUCAUAAUGGUACAGGAAGGAAUUCCAGUUGGCAUUCUGAAGGAACAGGUGGCUUUUCCAGUUGGCAUAUGAAUAGCAGUAACGGAAACUGGAAAUCCAGUGUACGUGGUACAAAUAGUUGGAAUUACAAUGGCCCCGGAGACAAAUUUCAACCAGGCAGAAACAGAAAUUCUAAUUGUCAAAUGGAAGACAUGACUUUAGUAUGGAACAAGAAGUCUAAUAAGUCAAACAAAUACAACCAAGAGAGAUAUAAUUGUCAACGGCAAGAAAAUGACAAAGUUGGUACAGUUGCCACAUACCCUUCUCCUGAAGGAUUUGCAAAUGAUAAUUUUUCUUCAGAAGGCUUAUUUGACUUUAAUUUUGAGCAGCUGGAAAGCCCAACCACUAAACAAACAGACACCAUAGCUCCAAAAAUUGGUGGAAGGAAUGGCAGUGUAGCAAAGGAAAAGCUCCGUCGCUGGACUCCUUACCCUUCCCAGAAGACUCUGGAUUCACAGUCUGCGGUGAAAGAUGUCGCUGGUAACAAGUCAGAGAAGACAGAUAAGCCUUUCUUUGAUUUUAACUUGAUAACUACAGGAACAAAAGAGGCCCAAACUGAUGUAACAAGUAAUUCUCCAGUGCUGAAAACACAAAAGGAAACACGUUUAGAAUCUUUUCAUCACAAAGCCACUUCUGACUGCACAGUUUCCUAUGAGGUGGUAAGAGAUUGCCCCAUUACAGAAAAACCGGAACAAGAGCAUAUCUCAAGUAAGAUGCCAUCACUGAAAUCCAUACGCCUUCCAGUUCCAGGCACUAAAUCAAUUCCUCAAAAACAAGAUUCAAAGAAUCCCUCGAGAAACAUCAAAUCUAAUUCUUUUUUUCCUGGAGAACAUUCACAUCCCUUGAAUAAACCCAUUGUAGAAGACAAUCAUAGUUCUCCUUAUGUACCCAAAUUGCGUAGUGUUUUAAAAGGGAAUAAUAAAAGUACAUUUGGGGCUCAAAGGGAGCCCAGUGAAAAUGUAAGUGAUACAUUACAAAAAGCCAAAGAGGUGCUACCGUGUCAUGAGUCAGCGCAAAAACCAUCACUUCCCACUUCUAAGAGGACCAGGAGCUAUGCGAAAGCAAGUAGAAAUGUAGAAGAGUCUGAGAAAGGAUCGUUGAAGAUUGAGUUUCAGGUGCAUACGUUAGAAGAUGAAAGUGGUGGGGAGAUAUCUGACACUGAAAAGCACGGAACAACAAUCGGAACCCUGGGUUCUGCAACCACUGAAGUUUUAUCCUGCAGCACUCGUCCUGCUGAUGAGAAAGUGGGCGAUGACCAAAUCCUGAAAACAUGUAGAAAACUAUCCACUUCUCCAUGUAAUUCCAUAGUUCACAAGAAAGAAUCAGAGUUACAAAUGACAUCUGCAGGCAGUCCACACCCCAGCUUAUUGCUGGACCUGAAAACCUCUCUAGAAGAUACGCAGGUUGAUGACCCUGUCAAAUCUCAUGUAUCUUAUGAAACAGAAGGCUUUGAGAGUACUAGCUUGGAUGCAGAGCUUCAAAAAAGUGACAUAGGUCAGCCCUCAGGCCCUCUCUUGCCUGAACUAAGUAAGCUUGGCUUUCCCGCCUCUCUCCAGAGAGAUCUAACCCGGCACAUUAGUUUGAAGAGCAAAACUGGAGCACACCUUCCUGAGCCAAACCUCAAUAGUGCCCGUCGCAUUCGCAACAUCAGCGGCCACCGGAAGAGUGAGACAGAGAAGGAGUCUGGGCUCAAGCCAACCCUUAGGCAGAUUCUGAAUGCAUCUCGGAGAAAUGUCAACUGGGAACAGGUCAUUCAGCAAGUAACCAAGAAAAAGCAAGAACUGGGCAAAGGCUUACCCAGGUUUGGCAUAGAAAUGGUGCCCCUGGUUCAAAAUGAACAAGAGGGCUUGGAUUUGGAUGGGGAGGCUGAUCUGUCCAAUCUAGAAGGAUUCCAGUGGGAAGGUAUUUCUAUUUCCUCAUCCCCUGGGUUGGCAAGGAAGCGAAGCCUUUCUGAGAGCAGCGUGAUCAUGGACAGGGCUCCUUCUGUGUACAGCUUCUUCAGUGAGGAAGGCACGGGCAAAGAGAAUGAGCCCCAGCUGGUUGUUUCACCUGGGAACUCGUUGAGGGCUACACAGAGUCAGAAAGUGACUGCGGGCUUUAAACAGGAAAUGAUACCUGUGGCUGCUUCUCUGAGAACAGGGGAGAUGGCUGAAAAUGUUGCUAUCCGAAGGCGACAUAGCACACAGUUACCCUCUGACUGUACAAUACCUUUGGUGCAUUCGGCAAAAGACCUGAGCAGCCAGGAGAGUUCCGCACCUGCUUCAGAGACUCCGAAUGGCCAAGAGAGUAAUGGAGAAGGAAACUCCGCGUCAUCAAAUCUGUCUUCCGCCCUUGCAAACUCCAGUCUGGUGGAUGCGGCCACAGAUAGUAGCUGCACCUCUGGUGCUGAACAAACUGACGGCCAGAGUAUUAGAAAGAAACGAAGAGCUACUGGAGAUGGAUCUUCUCCUGAACUCCCAAGUCUUGAGAGAAAAAACAAAAGAAGGAAAAUUAAAGGAAAAAAAGAACGUUCUCAGGUUGACCAGCUGCUGAAUAUUUCUUUAAGGGAGGAAGAACUGAGCAAAUCUCUGCAGUGCAUGGAUAGCAACCUUUUGCAAGCUCGUGCAGCGCUUCAGACAGCUUACGUGGAAGUCCAGAGACUCCUUAUGCUCAAGCAACAGAUAACUAUGGAGAUGAGUGCACUGAGGACCCAUAGAAUACAGAUUCUACAGGGAUUACAAGAAACGUAUGAACCUUCUGAGCGCCCAGACCAGGUUCCCUGUAACCUUUCACGAGAACGAAGGAACAGUAGAUCUCAGACAUCUGCUGAUGCCACGCUGCUGCCUACUCCCUUUUUCCCAGUUUUCCUGGACCCUUCCCAGGUGUCUCCAUCAUCCACGUCUUCUAUUUUCCAAGUCUCCGGCAUUGUCCCUGCUCCAGACUCAUCAGUUCAGAUUAAACAAGAGCCCAUGUCUCCUCAACGUGACGAGAAUGUGAAUGUUGUACCACAAGGCUCUGCUGGUAGUGUGUCCAAGGAGUUAUCUCAGACUAAUAGAGAGAUCGGUGACAGUUGUCCAGUUUACCCAGUCAUCGCUGCAACGUUGUCCUUAUCAGAGCUAACAGAGAGUUUCCAUGAGGCUAGCCAAGAACUGAAGUUUCCUGUGGAACAAGGAAAUAUCAGAAACAGAGAGAAUUCUCCCUCUUCCCAAUCAACCGAUCUUCCUGACAUGAAUAAAGAAGGAGAAGAGCCAGCCAGAGGCAACAGUGAGUCAGAAGCCUGUACCAGUUCUUUUCCAAGAUUGCCCUUUGCUUCGGAAACCUCUUUGGAAAAGGAACCCCACUCUCCAGCAGACCAGCCUGAGCAACAGGCAGAAUCCACUCUGACAUCAGCAGAAAGUAGAGGAAACAAGAAAAAGAAGAAACUUAGAAAGAAGAAAACUCUACGGGCUGCCCAUGUUCCUGAGAACAGUGACACUGAGCAGGAUGUAUUUACUGCCAAACCUGUAAGGAAAGUGAAAACUGGAAAGUUAACUAAAGGGGGGAAAGUAACAACCUCCACCUGGGAAGAUGGCAGAACUGGCCAGGAGCAAGAGAGCGUGAGAGAUGAGCCAGACAGUGACUCGUCUCUGGAAGUUCUAGAAAUUCCCAAUCCUCAGCUAGAAGUAGUAGCCAUUGAUUCUUCUGAAUCUGGAGAAGAGAAACCAGACAGCCCAUCUAAAAAGGAUAUCUGGAACUCCACAGAGCAAAACCCACUAGAAACUUCUCGUUCUGGUUGCGAUGAAGUUAGCUCUACCAGUGAGAUUGGCACUCGCUAUAAGGAUGGCAUCCCUGUAAGUGUGGCAGAAACUCAGACUGUGAUCUCCUCCAUUAAAGGAUCAAAGAACUGUUCAGAAAUAUCUUCAGAGCCAGGAGAUGAUGACGAGCCCACAGAAGGGAGCUUUGAGGGGCACCAAGCUGCAGUGAAUGCAAUACAAAUAUUUGGAAACUUACUGUAUACCUGUUCAGCGGAUAAAACUGUCCGAGUUUAUAAUUUGGUGAGUCGGAAAUGUGUAGGUGUCUUUGACGGCCACACCUCCAAAGUGAACUGCCUCCUGGUGACUCAGACCUCUGGGAAGAAUGCUGCCCUUUACACUGGCUCCAGCGAUCACACCAUCCACUGCUAUAGCAUUAAGACCCGGGAGUGUGUGGAGCAGCUGCAGUUGGAAGACCGGAUUCUCUGUCUCCACAGUAGGUGGCGGAUCCUCUAUGCAGGACUGGCAAAUGGCACUGUGGUCACCUUCAGUAUAAAGUGGCUUAUUUUUCAGAACAACAAACGACUUGAUAUCUUUGAAUGCCAUGGCCCUCGGGCUGUCAGCUGUCUCGCCACAGCUCAGGAAGGUGCCCGAAAGCUGCUGGUUGUGGGAUCUUAUGACUGCACCAUCAGUGUACGCGAUGCACGCAACGGACUGCUCCUCAGAACUCUGGAGGGCCAUAGCAAGACCGUUCUCUGCAUGAAGGUGGUGAAUGACCUUGUGUUCAGUGGCUCCAGCGAUCAGUCAGUCCAUGCCCACAACAUCCAUACUGGUGAGCUUGUGCGCAUCUAUAAAGGUCACAGCCAUGCGGUGACUGUGGUGAACAUCCUGGGGAAAGUGAUGGUGACUGCUUGCCUGGAUAAAUUUGUUCGUGUCUAUGAAUUACAGUCCCAUGAUCGACUGCAAGUUUAUGGAGGACACAAAGACAUGAUUAUGUGUAUGACCAUCCAUAAAAGUAUGAUCUACACGGGCUGUUAUGAUGGCAGUAUUCAGGCUGUGAGGCUAAAUCUGAUGCAGAAUUACCGCUGUUGGUGGCAUGGUUGCACGCUAAUAUUUGGUGUCAUUGACCAUUUGAAACAACACUUGCUGACUGACCACACUAAUCCGAACUUUCAAACUCUGAAAUGUCGCUGGAAAAACUGCGAUGCUUUUUUCACUGCUAGGAAAGGAUCCAAACAGGAUGCUGCAGGACACAUUGAACGACAUGCUGAAGAUGAUAGCAAAAUUGAUUCAUGAAGUUUUUUGCCUCCCAUGUUGGGAAGUCAUUAGUUUGACUCUUUUCACACCAGCCCCUCACACAAACCUUCCACUUCCCUUCCUCAGGGAAGCAGGGAAGGAGAGAGCAGUUUCCAUGCCAGACUUACCAGUAACAUGUCUGGGCAGCUCUGUGGGGUGAUAGGUCACACCUUAAGUUCUUGCUGGAGGUUUGUCAGAUUUAAACCGAUUUUAAGGAAUUACACUCCUCUGGGGCAUUACAGCGUAGUGAUGUAUGCUGCUAAUGUUCUCCGGAUGUUUGUUAAAGACACAGAUCUUAAUUGGUUACCCUCAUCAUACACAUACUUUCCUGACUUUGGGUUUGUGAAUUCUAGUUCAUGUUCUCAUGAUGGUUUAAACCUGUAGUCAGGCUUUCAAGUUACAAGUUUGUUCAAAUGCUAGGUUUUCAGAAUCAGUUUUAUUUUUUCCAGUUGUAAUAACUGGACAUUAAAAUUGAUAGCAAAUAGUUUCCUUUCUUAACAGUUACAUGCAGUAGGUUUCAAUAUUCUCCUGCUUUAUAGACGGACAGAGCUGGCUUUUUGAAUGCUAAAGGACACACAGUAGAUCCUAACAGCUAGAAUGGCUGUUCUGCUGACAGUGCUUCAGGAUUCAGUAAGCAGAUCACAUAAGGACAGGUCCUGACAGGCAGCUGUUCCUAGUGAACCCCUGCAGGUCUUGAUAGAGUGCUCAUGCAGGGCAGCACGCAGACCUGAUGUCUGGCUUUACGCUCUGCUCUUGGUCUGGACACUCACUGCUGCAGGCACUGUCAGUCUGCUGGAGCUGGAGCCUUCAUGUCCUUUCCAGUUUCUGACUCUCCAAGCCUGCUGUGGAUUUGAAGCCUCCUGGCUUGCUCCCUUGCCAGCCCAUAUCUCCCCCACUGUCUAGCUGUCCUAGACCGGUGGCAGCCAUCAAGUACUUCCUCUGGACCCACAGGGUGCUUCCAGCACUCAGGAGUGGGGAGUUAGGAUAAAGCAACUGAGUAGUUUUGAGAGCCUUACACAGGCUUCUUAGAGACUUGUUUCUGGAAACCAGUGUCU